GCGCUUCUUCUGCUGGACACUGGCUCUGGUGCGUGUGUUGUUUUUGGGGAGAGAGUAGGUAUGGGAAGGUAGCAUCGUUGGUUCGCUCGCUCGGUGUUUAGGCGAAGAUUAUGUACUUGCUCUUUGUUGUUUGUUGCUGCUGCGAGCGAGUACCUAUUUUGAUGUUGGGCUGUUUGUUGUUGGUGUAUGCGCGUGAUUCAGAGCGACUGGAGAGCUACGGAGAGCGGGAGCGCGUUUGCGAGAGCGAGAAUGUGUUCCUUUGCCGCCUGGCUGGACGACGAAUGAGAGAAGGAUCGACGGACGGCUGGUUGAUUUCUAUCCUGUUUGUUGGUAUGUGGACGCGAGAACUAGAGGUACUGCCGCACACACGGUGUGUGUUCCCGAUGCGAGCCGAGGUUUUUUUUGAAUAGCCGCCGCGAGAGAGGGAGCGCGAAACCGGCCCCGAAAGGACUUUCCUUGAAUGCCUGCCUGCGUUGAUGUUGUGUAGUUUUUUUGUCCUCCGUUUUCGGCUGGCCGUGGUGCAGCGGCCGAGGACGUACGUGAUGUCGACGGUCGGGUAGAGCGAAAGGAGCGCGCACGAGAGAAGCACACGCGGUCUCUAGUUCGUCGGUCGGUACGCGAAACUGCAAAACGCAUCUUCUGUUCAGAUCUUGGCUGGUUGACGGCGAAGACGGCCGUCUGUCUUUCGUACGCUUAUUCAAAUUUAGUUGUGCUCGAGAAACGUGCCGCGAAGGAUGUGCGAAAUCUGAACGCUACUAGCUAGGUAGUGGGAGCGCGAAACGAUCCGUGUAUUUUGAAAAACCGCCUUUGAGAACUGUGAGUUUAGUGUUUAGCGGUUGCAUUCGCGCCAACCUCAAGAAGUGUUGGACCAAAUAAGCGGAAACAAUUAGGGCGCGAUUUUUGUGUGAGUGUAGCGUGUUCACUCUUUUGUCUUGAUUAUUGCAGCGGCAAGUGUUCGCGGUUUUCUAUUGUUUUGAGAAGCAGCCGCGUGUUGGUGUGUUUGGAUAAGAGUUCGGUACUGCUCCGUUGAUCGGAUAACUGGAUAUUUUGGAAACGGCAUUCAUAGUUUUGAUCGGUAGAAAUAAGGCAAGAUUUCGCCACUUACAGGCAAAUGUGUUGAGUGUUGUCAGUGAUUUUCUCGGUAAACAUUGGCAAAUGGUUCUCCGGUGACCAUUGUCACAGACCCAACCAAAAAAAAAGAAGUUCCUCCCAAGAAGAGAUGUUAAGAAUUGUCACAAAAAGGUAGCAAAAAAAAUAAUUUAAAAGUCUCCAAAGGAUUAUCCCUCUAGCAACACUACACUGCAGCAAGGCGCUGCGAACAAACAAGAUUCCUUCGGUAACCCCAAAUCAACGACCGACCUACCUACCGAGUUUCUUGGCUCAGUCGUCCUUUUUUUUCUCGGUGCUUUCUUACCGUGCCACGUUCCGGGGUUGACUCUCGUGAGGACGUGAGGAUUCAGCGAAAAAUUUCGCCGCAAUAUCAUCGCGCAAAGGCCGGAGGUGAGCAUUAACGUAAAAGCCAGUGGAAGGCCCAAGUAACAACACCGAGCCGAGUAAAAAAAUUAGUGAAGUGUUUCCCCGCGAGUCCCUUGCCACUCAACGAAUCGCUAUCCCCUUCCCCAUACACGAGCAAAAAAAAAUACAAGACCGAAAAAUACCCCAGAAGAAAAAGCAAGACAGUCGAAGCGCCAAAAUAACACAAGAUUUUUUCUUCCCUCCUGCAAUUUCGUUAGCAGUGUCGUUGCCGCGGAAGACGAACGCGCGAACUCGCUGUGUUUUACCGGUGUGUAUGCUUAAGUAAAUUGGUGCUCAGUGUCCUUUCCCCCCUUGUCGCAAAACACCUCUCAAUCCCGAGGCUGCUUCUGGGCAUCACCAGAAAACAACAGGAAAAAAUCGGUGCACUAUUGUAGCACACAAGGUUAGGAAGAACUUGAACCGUGUGGGUUCCCUGCGAAGGUAUCUAACCACCAGCAGUGUCGUUAUAUUUGUUGUUUGGGCCAAGGUUUUUCGGCUCUCAGAACGCAGUGCCCAGCGCCAAACCAGGCCACCAUCGUGGACCAUCAGCAGCCGGCAAGGCAUCAGCCUUCUCCAACAUUACUGCGCCAUCAGCAGCAGCAGCAACGGUAUUCAUCGUCACUGUUCCACCUCCCGAAUCCGCACCCAACGCUCCAUCCGGUGGGGCUCCCGACAUCGACAACGGUGGCCACGACGACGUUGCAUCCCCCGCCCCCGCCGCCACUGGCCGCCGGAGCCGGAGCAGGAUCCUUGGCUGCUUCCGGUAGCCACCACCAGCAUCCGGGCUUAGUGCAGCAACAGCAGCAGCAGCACCCGCGUGCUGCCUGGGACUGUAAUCUAUACUCACGCACGACGACGCACUUCAAGAUGAUGAUGGCAACGAAGGGAAAACGGCCCCUGAGGCACCUCACCGCGACCGACAAGGUCGAUGCAAUCCAGCGGAUUCACGACGGCGAGUCCAAGGCAUCGGUCGCUCGAGACAUCGGAGUUCCGGAAUCCACGCUGCGCGGAUGGUGCAAGAAUGAGGAAAAGCUGCGCUACAUGUCCCGUCAGUCGGCGGAAAAUGCAGACAAGCUGACGAGUGAAGCCACGGCCGCGGCAUUGACGGCAGUAGCCGCAGCCGAACUGUUCAACGGACCCCCGGAGAAACGGCUUAAGCUGGAACAAGGUUUGUUUGGGAACGGAAAACUCAAAUACGAUGACAGCUUCUACAAAGCCUCCCGGGGUUCCAUGAACGGCUUAGAUCUGAGCGGGGGCGAUAAAGGAUUGGGAGUAUCCGGUGGAGAUAUAAUCAUGAAUGGGCUACACGGGGCCGAUUUCAGUCAGUUCGCCAAAACUGCUGCCGAGAUUUCAGCUCUAAGCAAAUCCAAAGAAAUGAACCUUAAAGGCUAUGGCGCUGAUCUGAGCAAACAUGGGGAUCCGUCCAAAGCCGAUCUUUCGGUAGCAGCGAUCAGUCCUCUGACCAGUCUAAGUCACUUGUCCGGAAUGUCCGGACUGGGUCAGAGCCCUCUUGCAUUGAGCUUCAACGACAUUGCCAACAAUUUGAAUUUGAUUGCUCAAUUGAACAACAAUCAUCAGCUGGCAACCAUGUCAAAUCUGGGAGGACUUACCGCGGCACAGUCUCUGCGGAAUGCUCGCCCCAAAGCCAAUGCUAGUCAGAGCCCGCGCACUUCGAGUUUAGCGGACGCCAACGGAGACAAAACGCCAUCGCUUACGGUUCGCAACCUGGCCAAAUUACAGCAGAAAACGUCCAACGAUCUCGGUAACGGUCGUGAUCCAAAUGCCCCGGUCGACGAAGCGCUCUGGUACUGGCUCAAAUCCCAACAAGCGAUGCUUGGGCUGAACAAUCUAUACUCAUCGAUGCCCCGACCGUCAAGCCCGCAGCAAAGUUCAUCGCCGCCUCAACAACAUCAGCAGGUGCAGCAUCAUCCAUCGACACAAACACCCACGCCGCCGAUUGUAUCCACACCACAACCCACGCCACCGUCAUCAGCACCGUCCCUCACCCCGGAAGAUACCAAGAACUCAUCCUGGUUCUGGCAAUGGUACAAAACAUUCGGCGCAUCCCUCGUACCCGGAGACAAGUCUAACAACAACACUAUCAACGCUAACGCUAAUUCCAAGCCCUCCGGAUACGAAAACAUCCUCUACUCUCAACUGACCAAGGGCCAAAACUCCGAUUCGCUCAACAACAAUGCUCAACCAAUCAAUCUGAACAUCAACAGAUCCAACAGUCCGGAGGACAAUCUCAAAUCCGAACCGGAGGAUCUCUCCAACCACCACAAUCACUCCUCUGCCAAUGCCAUUGCAACGGAAGAACAUCAACGCUACAAUCCUAGUCCUUCGACCACGGUCAAAUCGGAACUGAAACCCGACGACGAGGACGAGGAACACACCAUCAACGGCGAAGAGUCCAUCGCCAAGUGCAACGGCAAAGUCAAAGAAGUGCUGGACAACAUACUGUACCACAAUCAGAACAGCAACGAUCGAGCCAGCCCUGCUGAUGCCCUCCAGACGUCAAACUCUCCACGGCACUCCCUCAGCCCCGUCGAUAUGAACCCAGCGGACUCCAACCAGGACAAGGAAGACAUUGAAGAAGCCAUCACCAGCAACGGCAUCGGAACCGAGCACCCGGAUGUCAAGAGCGAAAUCUCGGAAGACUCUCACGGUGCUGCCCUGGACAUCAAAAGUUCCGCCGAAGCUGUCGAACACGGAGAAAAGUUCCUCAAAUGGUUGGAAGCUUGCAGCGACCCCAACGUCACGGCCAUGCAAGUCAUGCAGUUCAAGUAUUUGCUCAACAGCAUCAAACUUAGCGCAGAACGGCAACUGCAAAGCGCCUCCACCAGCGCGGAAGACCGCAGCACUCGGAGGCGACGAAAGUAGAUCCCUGAACCUCCCGAACUCCUGUAAAUAGCCCGAAGGUCCAGUCUAAAUCAAAAAAACAAAAUCUAUAUCACUAGUAGCAGCAGCCAGAGCCAGAGAAGUAGUAGAUGCAAAAUCUAUUGAUAUAAGUAGUUAAAUUUUUCCCCAUUUUUUUAUGAAGUCUAUUAUUUUUGUUUAUUAUUUUAUAUACAAACAAAAUGUAAACAGAGAACUCAACUAUCAUAAAAUGACAACGGUUUUAGAGUUGUCAUCGGAAAAGAGGAAGAUACUUAUUUCCAUUAUUUAUCACGCUGACUGUGUAAAUACUAUUUGUUUAAAGAAAAAAAAAGUCGAUAUCAAACGAGAACUAAAACACUUGAUAAAGAAAAUCAUUUUGACUAUAAACAAAAAAAAAAAGAAAACCAACAUGCCAAAUGUACAAGUUAUCGAGAUAUUAAUCUUUACCAUAAAACGCUAAUAUUAGAGUAACUGUAAGCUAACUAGAAACUCCUCUUGCAGAAGUUGUUCGAAACGAUAGGAAAACAUGAUUAAAUUGGUAAAUAAGUAAUACAUUGGUCUCAGUAACGAUCUCGUUUGUUUGUUUCUUAACACAGAACGAUCCCGAAUCGAAAAUAUGAUACAAACCAUCCAAAUCAUCCCGAACACUCACCUACACACAGCCAACCAAAAACAACAGACACUCUCACUGAACUGCUCAAAUGUCAACAACAAAAAGAAAACACCUUGAAAAUACUCAACCACAAAAAAAAGAUAACCAGAUUUUAUCGUAACCGACGAUGGAAAAUCAAACAGUCCAAAGAAAAGCAUCCCGGGAGAAUGCUUUUGCCAAAUUUCAACUCAAUCAUCUCCUUAGUUUGCUGUCUCAUCCUUUCUAGAAUCGUAAGAAUGCUCCAAAAAUAAGAGAAUUACAAAAAACGGAAACUAAACAAAACAAAAAACGAAUUACAGGAAAAGUGCGCGCAAAGUAAGCAAAGCAACAUCAACACAAACUCUAAUCAUUCCUAAAUUAGUUUUGAAUGUCGUCGUCAUUGAGUUAAGCUCAAGUAAAUAGGAUGCAGCACUUGUGAAAUCCAAAAAAAAAAACAAAAUAGAAAUCAGUGACAACUUUUGGAAAGUUAUAUCAGGAAACACGAAAAGAAAAUAAAAAUAGAAACGCGAACACAGAAUAUAUUACACAAUCUAGAUGUGAAUGUGAGUCUAACGGAAAGGGAAGAAGAAUUCUAUGUGAUUUAAACUAUAAUUCCUAAAAACGCAAGAAAAAAAAAACACAAAAAUGGAAAGAUCGA